CCUCUAUUUCUCUUAUUAUAUUUUCUUUGCAAUGGAAUUUGGAAGCAUCCUUCAGUUUCUUGAGAACAAGACCAUUUUAGUCACUGGUGUAACUGGUUUUCUUGCUAAGAUUUUUGUGGAGAAGAUACUGAGGGUUCAACCAAAUGUGAAGAAGCUUUAUCUUCUUUUAAGAGCUGCAGAUGGUACUUCUGCAAGCCUUCGCUUCCAAAAUGAGGUGAUAGGGAAGGACUUGUUUAGAGUUGCAAAGGAGAAAUGGGGUGUAAAUCUAAACUCUAUUAUAGCCAAAAAGAUUGGUAUUGUUCCUGGUGAUGUUCGAUAUGAGGACUUGGGAAUUAAAGACUCUUACUUGAGAGAAGAGAUGAUUAAUGAAUUGGAUAUUGUACUCAAUUUUGCUGCCACUACCAACUUUGAUGAAAGAUAUGAUAUUUCAUUUGGCACUAAUACAAUUGGAGCUAAGAAUGUUUUGUGCUUUGCCAAAAAUUGCAUAAAAUUAAAGUUGCUUGUCCACAUAUCUACUGCUUAUGUAUGUGGAGAUAACUCAGGGCUGAUAUCAGAAAACCCCUAUUUCUUGGGUCAGACACUUAAUGGUGUCUCCAAAUUAGAUAUCGAAGAAGAGAAGAAACUAAUUGAUGAAAAAAUAAAUGAACUCCAAGCUGAAGGAGCUCCAGAAACAAUUAUUAAAAGGUCCAUGAAAGAUAUGGGGAUCGAAAGAGCAAAGACCUUUGGAUGGCCAAACACAUACGUAUUUACCAAGGCUAUGGGAGAAAUGCUUGUAGGACACUUAAAAGAAAAUGUGCCUGUGGUGAUCAUACGUCCCACCAUGGUUACUGCUACUUGCAAGGAGCCUUUUCCUGGUUGGAUUGAAGGUGCAAGAACUGUGGAUGCGCUCACUCUUGCUUAUGGUAAAGGAAAAUUGACAUUUUUUGUUGUUGAUCUUUCAGCAGUUGUUGAUGUGAUACCAGGUGACAUGGUGGUGAAUGCCAUAAUUGUAGCUAUGGUGGCUCAUGCAAAUCAACCUUGUAUUGAUAUUAUUUAUCAUGUGGGAUCAUCUGUAAGAAAUCCUAUGAGAUAUUCUAAUUUCAAAGAUUUUCUCGCUCGCUACUUCACAACGAAGCCAUGGAUCGGCAAGAAAGGAAAGCCAGUCAAGGUUGUUAGUAAAACUACCAUAUUCGAAAGCAUCGCUGAAUUUCACAGAUUUAUAAGGAUUCGCUACUUGCCAUUGUUAAAGGUACUAAAAUUGGCAAACACAAUAUUCUGCCAACGUUUUCAAGGCACAUAUAGCAAUCUGAAUAGAAGAAUUAAACUUGUGCUGCGAAUAGUUGAACUAUAUCAGCCAUACCUAUUUUUCCAUGGGAUCUUUGACAACUCCAACUUAGACAAGUUACGAAUAGCAGCCGAAAAGAAUUGUGUGGAGAUGGAUAUAUUUUUCAUAGAUCCUAAAUUCAUCCAUUGGGAUGACUAUUUCUUAAAAACACAUUUUCCUGGUGUUGUAGAAUAUGUUUUCUAACUGGCUGUCUGUUGUUUCUGUGAGGGGUUUUUUCAUCACCAUUAAAAUUUAGUUUUACUUUUGGACCUGUUGGUCUUGGGUAUUCCAAUGUUGGUUUUUCUCCUUAUUAACUCCCCUAUAUUAAUA